AUGUCUUCCCGUAGUCUUCUCUGCCUGCUGGCUCUCGCUCUCUUCCAGUGCUCUGUGUCGGCCGAACAGCGGAGGCUCUCUCCAGAAAAUCUGCUGGUAAUCACCGCGGCAACAGAGGAGACAGAUGGCUUCAACCGCUUCAUGAGGACAGUCACAGAGUUCAACUACACUGUGAAGGUGCUCGGCCUGGGCGAGGACUGGAAGGGGGGUGAUGUGGCUCGGACAGUGGGUGGAGGUCAAAAGGUGAGAUGGUUGAAGAGGGAGCUGCUCAAACACUCUGACAAGAAGGACAUGGUCAUCAUGUUCGUGGACAGUUAUGAUGUGAUCUUCGCGUCGGGUCCAGAGGAGCUGCUGUCCAAGUUUUCUCGACUCGGUCACCGAGUGGUUUUCUCAGCUGAGGGAUUCUGCUGGCCCGACCAGAGACUGGCCCCCAAAUACCCAGUGGUGCAUUCUGGGAAACGCUACCUCAACUCAGGAGGUUUCAUCGGCUUCGCUCCAGAUCUCAGUGCGAUCGUCCAGCAGUGGAAGUACAAAGACAAUGACGACGACCAGCUUUUCUACACCAGGAUCUACCUGGACAAGACACAGAGGACCAAGUUCAACAUGACCCUGGAUCAUCGCUCCCGAAUCUUCCAAAACCUGAACGGAGCUGUUGAUGAAGUCGUCUUGAAGUUUGAGAGGGCAAAGGUCAGAGCGAGGAACGUCGCCUACGACACACUGCCUGUUGUUAUCCAUGGCAACGGACCAACCAAGCUGCAAUUGAAUUACCUGGGUAACUACGUCCCCACAGCGUGGACCUAUGAGAACGGAUGUGGGAUCUGUGACGACGACCUGCUCUUCUUCAGCGACGUACCUGAUGAGGAGAUGCCUCUGGUUUACGUUGCAGUGUUUAUCGAACAUGCAACUCCCUUCAUGGAGGAGUUCCUGGACCGACUGACGACACUCAACUACCCCACAGCGAGGAUCCGCCUCUUCGUUCACAACAACGUCGUGUACCACGAACGUCACAUCCAGAGGUUCUGGGAGCGUCACAGGACUUUGUUUCCUGAUGCCCUGCUGGUCGGACCGGAGGAGAACCUGCAGGAGGACAAGGCCAGAACCAUGGCUGUCGAGGCGUGUAAGAAGAAUCCAGAGUGUGAUUACUACUUCAGCAUCGACUCCGACGUGGCCUUGACGAACCCCGACACACUGAGGAUACUAAUCGAGGAAAACAAGUCUGUUAUAGCCCCCAUGUUGUCCAGACACGGGAAGCUGUGGAGUAACUUCUGGGGCGCUCUGAGUCCUGAAGGAUACUACUCCAGAUCUGAAGACUACAUCGAGAUCGUCCAGGGAAAGAGGAUCGGUCUGUGGAAUGUGCCGUACAUCACUCAGGCCUACCUGAUCAAAGGAAGCGUCCUGCGAUCCAAACUGUCCCAGGUGAGCCUGUACUUGGACGAGGGGAUGGACCCUGACAUGGUGUUCUGCAGGAGCAUCAGAGACCAGGGAGUCUUCAUGUUCGUAUCAAACCGCGACGAGUUCGGUCGUCUGGUGGCGUCGACCAACUUCAACACGUCCAGGCUGCACCCGGACAUGUGGCAGAUCUUCGACAACCCUGUGGACUGGAAGGAGAAGUACAUCCAUGAGAACUACUCCAGGAUCUUUGAAGAUCAGAAGAUCUUUGUGGAGCAGCCCUGUCCAGAUGUUUACUGGUUUCCAGCUUUCUCAGAUAAGAUGUGUGAUCACCUGGUAGAGACCAUGGAGGACUGUGGCCAGUGGUCUGGAGGUUCACACAAGGAUGAGCGUCUGGCUGGCGGUUAUGAAAACGUCCCGACUGUGGAUAUCCACAUGAACCAGAUCGGCUUUGAGAAGGAGUGGCUCAAAUUCCUCAAAGAGUACAUCGUCCCCGUCACUGAAAAACUCUAUCCUGGAUAUUACCCCAAGGCCCAGGCCAUUAUGAACUUUGUGGUGCGUUACCGUCCUGACGAGCAGCCGUCUCUGAGGCCGCAUCAUGACUCCUCCACCUUCACCAUCAACAUCGCCCUGAACAGGAAGGGCAUCGACUACGAGGGUGGAGGCUGCAGGUUCCUGCGUUACGACUGCAAGGUGGAGUCUCCCAGGAAGGGGUGGUCCUUCAUGCACCCGGGCCGGCUGACCCACUACCACGAGGGCCUGCCCACCACCAGAGGGACCAGAUACAUUAUGGUGUCCUUUGUCGACCCCUGAACACUCCAAGUUUGUGUGUGUGUGUGUGCGCGCGUGUGUGUGUGUGUGUGUGUGCGUGAACAUCAGUCCACCUCAUCAUCACAGAUAAACAGACCCGAUGGAGGAUUAUACGUGAUGAACGUGAAUGCAUCGUCUCAGAACUAGUUUUUUCUAGAGUUUCUUUUAUUUCCCAUUGGAUGAUCCACCUCACUUGCGUUUACACCUGACGCACCUUUACCUGCCGCUCAUCAUAACGAGCUGUGAUCACAUGUAUCAUUUCAAUGUGUCUUCAUACCAGUUGUAACAGGUGUCACUCUGAGAAUCCUGAACGCAUCCUUGUUAGCAUUUCAAAGUAAGAGUCACUUUAUUAAGCUUUCAUUUACUUUCAUAACUUCAGACAAAGAAACGAGCAAAGACGUGAAAACACAAGCGAUUUAAGGCAUCCUUUAAGUGCAUUUCAAAAUAAGAGUCUUGUAAGUCGUCACCGCGCUGCCUUAUUUUAUAACACUACCUGAAUCUAUGCAAGCAGAACACACUCCGUGUCUGUGUGUUUUUGUGUGUCUUUUGUGUGUGUAUACGUGUGUCCAUCAGCUGUCCAUCGUCCUGCAGGGGGCGCUCUCCUGUCAGUUACCACUGUGACCGUAACCCACAGCGCCCUCUAGAGGAUUAUGGUAUUUGUACGUUUUUCUCCAAAGCUGGCGACCAGCUGGGGUUAAAAAUAAUUAACAUCGACCACAAAACCCGUUUGGGGGAUGUUGGGGUUACCCUGGCAACCAGUAGUGUUGCCGUGAAUGAUGGGAAUCAUAGCAGUAGGCAGCAGCUGUUUUCAGCCAAUCGGAUCACUCAAAUUAAGGGUUUGAUUUCCCCCAAACAGUGAAUGUUAAAUCUGGAGAAAAAUAAAUGAUAUAGAAAUGAAAGAAAAGCCUAAAAAGACUUGGAGGAGCAUGAAAAUGUAAAAAAGCAAAAGUAUUUUUAUGUCAAGAAGUCGGGGAGUUUGGUAAAAGUCUGAAAAAUGAGUGUUACGGAGGUGGAACUCCACUUUAAGAUAUUUUUUAACUGUUUCUGGGAAAACAGCAAAGGCGUUUUAUAUUUCCAUGUUUUGUUCCCCAUUGUUUAGUUUUUAAAUUCACUUGGUUCGUAUCUUUAAGUUUUCUUUGUUUCCAUCGGGUAGUGGAGUAUUUUUCCGUCGUCUCCUCUCACAGUAUUUAUCUCCUUAUUUAAAAUGAACAAAAAAUGUUUUGAUGGUUCUGAGUCUGUUUGAGGAACGAGGUUUCCACCUGACGCUGCCUUUAGUUUUCUCUCCAUGCGUGCCUGUCGAUACGAGGAAUAAACUGUCUCUGGCUUUGUACAAACUGCAUUAAAUUAUUUGUUAAUGACUGAGUGAAGAAAGUUUUGAGAUUUUAAUAAAUAAUUUUACUGUCA